AUGCAUUCCAACAUCUUCCUCACAUUCACCGCUCUGGUAGCUUCCGCCACCGGCGCCGUUCUCGACACUAGAAACGGAUAUCCCCAGCCGUCUCAAGAAGAUCCUCGCCUCGUCUACCAGUUCGCCAACGGAACUACAAUUGAAAACGUUGCUGUCCGGUCCAAUGGCAACCUCCUCCUCACCCUGACCGACAGGCCAGAGCUCUACGAAGUCAACCCCUUCAUCCCCAAGAGCGCAAAGCUCAUCCACCACUUCCCGGACUAUCUUGGCCUCCUGGGCAUCACAGAAGUCUCCCCCGACGUCUUCACCCUCAACGCCGGCAACUUCUCUGUCACAGAGGGCCCAACCAAAGGAUCAUUCGCAGUGUGGCAGGUUGCCUUCCACAAGGACCAGCCAAAUGUGUCAAAGGUCGCUGAUAUCCCUGAGGCCUUGUCCCUCAACGGCAUGACCACUCUCCCGUCUUCUCCCAACACUAUCCUCACUGCCGACUCAACUGCAGGCUUGGUCUACAGCGUGAACACGCGCACCGGAAGCUACAAGGUGGUUCUGGACGACGAAACGUUCAAGCCCGCGGCUGACGCUGAGCUGCCCAUUGGCAUCAACGGCAUCCGCUUUCUCGACCACUACGUUUACUACACGAACAGCUUCAAGGCUCUCUUCGGCCGUGUCCGCGUCAACAAGUCAGGUUUCGCCACCGGAAGCUACGAGACAAUCGCGACGGGCAUCCUUGGCGACGAUUUCGCAUUGACGCCAGAGGCAGCUUAUAUCGCAGGAAACCCGACCAAUACGGUCACCGAGGUGGACUUGUCAACUGGAGAAAAUGAGGUGAUUGCUGGAAACCUCAAUUCCAGCCUUGUCGCGGGCGAUACUUCGGUGGCUUUUGGACGAACGAAGAAGGAUAAGCAUGUUCUCUAUGUUGUUACUACCGGUGGAUCGCUGAGCCCUGUCAAUGGCACCUUUAGUGAGGGCGGGAAGAUUGUGGCUUUGGACAUUUGA